AAAAUGAACAACCCUGAAAUUGCUCAACACCAUUUUUUGCCACGGAAAAGAUCUAGAUCCACGUGGCAGAACACUAUUUGAGUUUGAUAUUGCAUUAGUGACAGACAGGUAAUAUUUGUACUAUGUUUUGACAUUCACUUGACAACCUGUUUGACUCGCGAGGGCCAUCUGUAUAAUGGUGGCUGUUCUCCUCUUUUCCAUUCCCACUUCCCUUUGUUCAGUUCAAUCCAAUUCACAUAAAUAAAUAUAAAUAAUAAAUAAAAAUAAAUACAAAUCUCAUCAUUCAACUGGGUUCUCUCCCAAAUGAAAUGAAAUAAAAACCUCUUCCACCUUAUCAACCAAAUUAAACAAACCUCUCUUACUUCUUCAUUCAUUUAUUCAUAUACCUCAAUAAUAAUUUAAGAUCAAACAAAAUUCUCUACUCAGUUCUGAAUUCUGAUCUAUCGUUAUUUAUCAAAGCAAGUAAAAACGUUAUAUUAUAUAGUUUAACGGGUCCGGAGCUAUUCCGGGCCCACCACCAUUGCUGAAACCUCUUUGUUUCUUAUUCUUAGGGUUCUUCAAUUCAAUUCAACAAUCGCAAAAAGUAGUUAGUUAGUUAGUUAGUUAUCGAUGGGUUCUAAACCGUGGCUAUAUCCUGCUCCAACUUAUCGACCUAUUGAAAGUUUUUGGGAUACUGAUGAAGAUGCGCCUGGUCCUCGUUGUGCUCAUACUCUUACCGCCGUCGCUGCAACUAAGUCUCAUGGUCCACGUUUGAUUCUAUUCGGUGGUGCCACUGCCAUUGAAGGAGGAUCUUCUUCAGCUCCCGGCAUUAGAUUAGAUGGAGUUACGAAUUCCGUUCAUUCUUAUGAUAUUGAUACCAAAAAAUGGACUAGGAUUAAACCUGCAGGAGACCCGCCGUCUCCUCGAGCUGCUCAUGCUGCGGCAACGGUUGGCACUAUGGUUGUUUUUCAGGGUGGGAUAGGUCCUGCGGGACAUUCGACUGAUGAUCUCUAUGUGCUUGACUUGACCAAUGAUAAAUAUAAAUGGCACAGAGUCCUUGUACAAGGGCAAGGACCGGGGCCUCGCUACGGACAUGUAAUGGACUUGGUUUCUCAGAGAUAUCUUGUUACCGUCAGCGGAAAUGAUGGGAAACGAACUGUAUCUGAUGCUUGGACUUUGGAUACCGCUCAAAAGCCAUAUGCAUGGCAGAAGCUGAACCCAGAGGGUGACAGGCCUUCUGCUAGAAUGUAUGCAACUGCUAGUGCCCGCUCAGAUGGAAUGUUUUUACUCUGUGGUGGACGGGACUCUUCUGGAACUCCACUAGCAGAUGCCUACGGACUGCUCAUGCAUAGGAAUGGCCAGUGGGAAUGGACUCUUGCACCUGGGGUUUCCCCUUCACCUAGGUAUCAACAUGCAUCGGUUUUUGUUGGUGCACGAUUACAUGUUACAGGAGGUGUUCUUAGGGGUGGGCGAGCUGUUGAAGGUGAAGCAUCCAUUGCAGUAUUGGACACUGCUGCUGGGGUAUGGUUAGAUAGAAAUGGCCUUGUGUCCUCAUCACGCUCAAACAAAGGCCGUGAUCAUGACCCUUCUUUGGAGCUUAUGCGUCGAUGUCGCCAUGCAGCAGCAGCCGUUGGUGUUCAAGUCUAUAUCUAUGGUGGUCUUAGAGGAGAUUUACUACUGGGUGAUUUCUUAGUGGCUGAAAAUGCGCCAUCGCAGUCCGAAAUUAGUGAAAGAGGUUCACCUCUUACAAGUCCCAGACAUGGUGUAAAACCACCAAGUUUGGAUGGUGGACCAGAAAGCCCAUCAUCUGGUGGAUCAGGCUUGGACAAAGUUUCCCUGGAGAAACUGAGGGAGGCAUCAGCUGCUGAAGCUGAGGCCGCUAGUGCUGUCUGGCAAUCUGUGCAAGCUAUAUCAAGUAGUCCUGCUGAUGAAAGAUCUGUGUCAGAUGACAACUCACAUGCUGCUGAUGCAGUUUCAGAUGGAAGUGACACAGAGGGAGAUGUUCACCUUCAUCCUAGAGCUGUUGUAGUUGCUAAAGAGACUGUAGGUAACCUAGGUGGACUGGUGAGACAAUUGUCGCUUGAUCAGUUUGAAAAUGAAAGCAGACGCAUGCUUCCCAUAAAUAAUGAUUUGCCAUAUCCUACAAAAAAGUUCACCAGGCAAAAAUCCCCUCAGGGUUUACAUAAAAAGAUUAUUUCAAAUUUGCUCAGGCCUCGCAACUGGAAAGCACCAUCAAAUAGGCGGUUCUUCUUGGAUUCUUAUGAAGUGGGUGAGCUUUGCUAUGCUGCUGAGCAAAUAUUUAUGCAUGAGCCAACUGUUCUUCAGCUGAAAGCUCCUAUCAAAGUAUUUGGUGAUCUUCAUGGUCAGUUUGGUGAUUUGAUGCGGCUCUUUGAUGAAUAUGGAUUUCCUUCAACCGCAGGAGACAUAACGUAUAUUGACUACCUGUUUUUAGGAGAUUAUGUUGAUCGAGGACAGCACAGCUUGGAAACCAUUACCUUGCUACUUGCUCUUAAGAUUGAAUAUCCUGAAAAUGUUCACUUGAUACGUGGAAACCAUGAAGCUGCUGACAUAAAUGCAUUAUUUGGUUUUCGUAUAGAGUGCAUUGAACGAAUGGGCGAAAAUGAUGGAAUAUGGGCGUGGACAAGAUUCAAUCAACUUUUUAACCAUCUUCCACUCGCCGCUCUUAUUGAAAAGAAAAUCAUCUGUAUGCAUGGUGGCAUUGGAAGAUCUAUCCAUUCAGUAGAGCAGAUAGAGAAGAUUGAAAGGCCCAUAACAAUGGAUGCAGGGUCUAUUAUUUUAAUGGACCUUUUAUGGUCUGAUCCCACAGAAAAUGAUAGCGUGGAGGGUCUGAGACCAAACGCUAGAGGGCCAGGGCUUGUCACUUUCGGGCCUGAUCGCGUUACUGAAUUCUGUAAGAGAAAUAAAUUACAGCUCAUCAUAAGAGCCCAUGAGUGUGUCAUGGAUGGUUUUGAGCGAUUUGCCCAGGGACAAUUAAUCACACUUUUUUCUGCAACUAACUACUGUGGAACUGCAAACAAUGCGGGAGCUAUACUGGUGGUCGGCAGGGGUUUGGUUGUGGUCCCAAAAUUAAUUCAUCCCAUACCACCCCCCCUUCAGUCACCAGAGUCAUCUCCUGAGCGUGUCAUGGACGAGACAUGGAUGCAGGAACUUAAUAUUCAGAGGCCACCAACUCCUACUCGGGGUCGACCACAUCCUGACCUUGACCGUGGCUCCCUAGCGUACAUAUGACAAUACAACUCUUGGAGAUUUAUCAUCAGCUCCCCACCAAAUGUUGUUCAAAUAUCUGCGAUUGUUGCAGAAUGCAUAUUUUGUACUGUUUUUUUUUUUUUUUUUUUUUAAUUUUCCUAGUUGCAGAUGAUCAAAUUCUCAAUUAGUUUGCAAGUAGCCUGAGAGUGGAUUCGUUUUUAUUUUAUUUAUAUUUAGCCUAUUAACAAAUGGGUGAAUAUUUUGUGGAUAUUGGGUUUUUUAAUGGAGUGGGGCGUGGAAACAAUAGAAGAGAUGUUGGCAUGUUGUACUCCUCAAUAUAGGGAUGACUUUUAGUGAGGAAAUACAGUUGAUCAGUAUGUACAUUGUAUCAUAAAAGAAAUAUAUAAUUUUUUCCGUUUAA